AUGAUAGUUCAUCUUUUCAAUGCACAACUUGAACCUGCAGUUAGUGUUGGAACUGUUGGUUCGUCAGAAGCAAUAAUGUUGGCUGGAUCAAAGCUACCGUGGUUCCAAACAUACACUCCAAUUCAUGUGAAUGCGGCGAGUGGCGGAUUCAUUGCACCAUUUCUUUACCAAGAAACAAAUUCAUCUUCCACAAUAACUACCUUGGAGCUGAUCAACUCACCUUCACUCUCAACUUCUCCAAAACUUAAACCUGAUGAUUGUACUGAUUUGUUUCAUAAUAAAUCCAAUGCAGGUUCUAGUCAAGUUAUUGCUCUACUAAUUCGUUUGGGUCAUAAAGAGGGAUAUAGAAAUGUGAAUGAAAACUGCAGAGACAACAUGAUGGUACUUAAGGAGGGACUAGAGAAAACGGGUCAGUUUGACAUUGUAUCCAAAGAUGAUGGUGUACCAUUAGUCGCCUUCACUUUGAGGGACCACGGCGGAUUUAAUGAAUUCCAAAUCUCUGACAUGCUGAGGCGCUUCGGUUGGAUGGUGCCAGCCAUGUCGGCAGAUGCACAGCACGUGACAGUUUUCCGUGUUGUGAUCAGGGAGGACUUUCCGUGUACCUUUGCAGAUCGUCUUGUUAUCAACAUCACCAAGGUGCUCCACGAGCUGGAUUUUCUUCCUGCAAAGGUAAUCAGUAGCAACACUGUAACACUUACAGCUGAAAAAGAUGAUGAUGAUGCAAACAAUGGGGGCAAUGUAAUGAUUUGUAAGAAGUGUUCUGGAGACCCAAAGGUAAAUCACUACAGCUUGGAAGAAAUUUGUGAUAGAGAGGAAGAAGAUGAAUGGUGUUUGUUAGAAUCUUGUUUUAUUGAAGCUAUAUAUGGGAGAGUUUAUAAUUUUUUUAUAUAUAUAAAUUAGGCAGUAUAUAUAUGAGUAACUCAAGCCAUUUCUCUAAUCCAGAUUUUGAUUGAUGUGAAAACCUACUAUAUGUGUGUGCUCUCAACUCCAAGUUAUUCUUAUAUACCCAAAAAAUUGUUUAA